GAGCCAGGCGGAGCUGGGGGGGCCGCAGCCCAGCAGCCCCGACACCAAGCGCCUGAGCGAGUGCCUGCGCCGCAUCGGGGACGAGCUCGACAGCAACAUGGAGCUGCAGAGGAUGAUCGAGCAGGUGGGGUGCCAUGCCCCCAAGGAGCUCUUCUUCCGUGUGGCUGCAGAGAUGUUUGCCGAUGGCACCUUCAACUGGGGCCGCGUUGUUGCCCUCUUCUACUUCGCCUGCAAACUGGUGCUGAAGGAAGGGCUCCUCUCCUACUUCGGCACCCCGACCUGGCAGACCAUCACCAUCUUCGCCGCCGGC